AUGUCUACCACCCAAUUCAUGAUUGAAACAAAAACUCAAUUUCAGAAUCAGCAAGCUUCUAUUCAGAAUUUGGAGGUGCAAGUUGGCCAAUUAGCUAAUGUCAUAAGUGGAAGAAACCAAGGAGUAUUUCCAAGCCAACCUGAAGUUAACCCGAAAAAUCAAGAACAAGCAAAGGCAAUCACUCUUCGCAAAGGGAAGCAAGUAAAUAUAGCGGUUGACUUGGAAAAAGAAGCAUUAGAGAAAGAAAAAGAAGCUAAGAAGUCUGCGGCAUAA